AAUACAGGAAAUUGCUCAAAAGUAAGUCGAUUUCAAUUUCUAGAAUUGUACGACCUUGUUUUUGUUUACUUAAUUGUUUAUAACUUUUGUUAUUAUCAUUUCCAGAUAUUGAUUUUCGACUAAACAAUUUCUUGAUACAAUUAUAAACUAAAUGACACCUCGAUCAUAUUUUUCGGUGAUUCUUAGCUAGAAGAGUAAACGAGACUUUUGAAGCAGACUACGCGGUUUUAAUAGGGGCCUGGUUCCAAAUCCACAGAUUAAAACCACAAUUUAUGAGCAUAAAAUGUAAAUAUUAUACAUUGUAAUGUAAUCGGUCAUGGUAUAACAUUUUUAAUUCUUUUUAAGUACUGAGAACACUUGAAAUAUCACUUAUCAUACUAGAGGUAAUUGAUUUGGCAAGUGAUAAGAAGGCGCAACGCGCUACGAGUAAAACAAUCAGCACAUGUUUAUAAUUCUCAUUGGAGACAGAACACCUGCAAACGAUUAGAAUCAAUCGUUGAUUCAUUAUUAUCGUUCGAUUAGUCUGUCAGACACCUGUGCCACCUGCUUAUCCAAAUAUUUUAAAAGUUGCUGGAGCACACAUUGUGUUCACUCGACUGCAAUGCUGUGUGCGAACACAUCCAGCCGACAAUUCAUUUGAUAUUCAUUUCUUCACCAUGUAUUUAGUAAAAGUUACCAUUUUGCUUACCAUGUGUUUCAUGGGAGCUUAUGGUGGUAGUUGUGCCAUGUAUGGGUUGUGUCGGCCUAAGGAGGGUCUCAAUUGUAAUGACGAUUCAGGUCCAUUUCCGCUACAAGCUGAGGAAGGUGCCAAACAGGAAGCGCUGCGAAAGUUUCGCGCCAUGUGUCCGGUGCUCAACGAAGAACUGAACAACGCCGAAGACCCGGCUCUGUGCUGCGACUACGACCAAAUGCAAAAUUUCAUCAGGCUGGCGGCCAUGUCGGAUGUAUUCUCACGUUGUCCCACGUGCCUGCGUAAUUUACUGCAACACAUCUGCCAGUAUGCGUGCGGACCUGAGCAGGGUCGGUUUGUUAAAACCAAGAGUGUUAUAAUGGAUGGUGUGGAAGUGGUAGAGUCCAUUACCGUAAGCCUUUCAUACGAGUACAUGAACGAUACGUUCGAAUCCUGCAAACAUGUUGCUUUACCCUCCAGCGGUGGAUUGGUACUGGAGGCGUCCUGCGGCGUGCAUGGAGCUGCAAAUUGCAAUCCAGAAAGAAUGUUUAAGUUCAUGGGCGAGGAGAGCGGGUUUGGACCAUUCCCUAUUUACUUCCACGACAGCAGAGCUCGAGAUUUUAAUCCAGAACAAGCAUUAAUGUUGACGGCCAAGACCUGUGACGAUAAGUAUGCUGGAGAUGAGUUUCCCUGUGGAUGCAUCGAUUGCGUUGAGAGCUGUUCGUUGGAUUCAUACGAAGCUGAAGAAGCUGGUUUUGAAGUGGGCGGUUUCAAUGGGUGGUCUUUUAUCGCUGGAGUUACUUUACUUGGAUGUGUUGUAUUGGGCCUUUGUAUUACCUUUGUUAUUUCAAGACAAAUAGAGAGUAGGAAUGCUGGAAAGUUGGCUAGGAUGGAUAGUAUCAGCAAUGUAAGCGCAGCCGACGUCGAAGAUGUUGGAAAAGUCAACAAAAUGCACAAACUUUGGGAAGCACUGUUUAGAAUAUUAGCUGAGACAAUUGCAAGGAACAGUUGGCUGACAAUCUGUUUAUCAUCUUGGAUAGUUGUCGCGCUGUGUUACGGAGCGUUGAGUUUGAACGUUACCACCAAUCCAGUGGAAAUUUGGGCGUCUGCCGACAGUCGUAGUCGAAUUGAGAAAGACUUCUUCGAUGAGCACUUUGGGCCGUUCUAUCGCACCAAUCAGAUUUUUAUCAAACCCGUUGGAGUCUCUUCGUUUAACUACUCUUACCACAACGUGUCACUAGUGGUCGAAGUAGGACCAGCGUUUGAUAAAGACUUUUUGCUGGAAGUUUUUGAGUUACAGAAGAUCAUCGAAGAUAUUCAGUUAGAUGAUGGUACUACGCUAGCAAGUAUCUGUUAUUCUCCGAUGUCGAGUGCAUUUACUCCACCGGUAGAUAUCAACGCAUGCACGGUGCAAUCAAUUCUUGGACUGUUUGAAAACGAUCUGGAAAAGUUUAAAGAUAAUGAAAGAUAUGUCGAAAAAAUGUUGAAAUGUGCAACGAGUCCAUAUAGUCCGGACUGUCUUGCACCUUAUGGAGGACCAAUUGAACCAGGCUUGGCUUAUGGUGGAAUGGAAUCUGCCAGCUAUGUAGAUGCGCGUGCUGUUGGACUUACUUUUCUUGUAAAUAACAAAUUGGAUGCUAAAGAAUUGGAACCUGCGCUAAAUUGGGAAGAAAAAUUUAUUGAAGUCUUGAAGGAUUGGGUAGCAAACCAGCCAUCAGACAGUCUCUUAGAUAUUGCUUUCAGCGCAGAGCGCUCCGUUGAAGACGAAGUCGCGCGUGUGUCCGAGUCGGAAAUGUCUACGAUCAUUAUCAGUUAUUUAGUUAUGUUUGCAUACAUUGCGAUUACUCUCGGACACAUCAACUCGUUUCGUACAAUCCUGCUUGAUUCAAAGUUGGUGCUUGGCAUUGGAGGUAUAGUUAUCGUACUGUGUUCGGUGGGUUGUUCUCUUGGUGUUUCCGGAUACGCGGGUAUUACCACAACGUUACUCACCGUCGAAGUGAUUCCGUUCCUUGUACUUGCGGUUGGGGUGGACAAUAUAUUUAUCAUUGUUCAGACGCAUCAUCGUUUAUCUAAUCUCAAAGAGAAUCAAGAUUUGGAUGUGGCCACACAAAUUGGAAAAACAAUGGCGACUGUUGGUCCAAGUAUGUUAUUAACCAGCGUGUCUGAGAUGAUUUGUUUUGCAAUUGGAACUCUGUCGGACAUGCCAGCGGUGCAUACAUUUGCAUUUUUUGCAACCAUUGCGCUGUUGUUUGACUUUUUACUGCAGAUUACUGCGUUUAUAGCUUUGUUAGCAAUAGACGAACGGCGUUACAAGGAAAACCGAUGGGAUUUUUGUUUCUGCGUAAAACAAGAACGCUCCGAUGGGCUGACAUUCAGUGAAGGAUGGUUUUUUAAAGCGUGGAAAAAAUACUACACACCUUUCAUAAUGUCCAAACCAAUGCGGUAUAUAAUUGUGGUCAUAUUUGCUGCCUGGUUUGGAUUCAGCAUUGUGGUCGUCCCUUCAAUUAAUGCCGGAUUAGAUCAAGAACUAUCAAUGCCAGAAGACAGCCACGUCUUAAAAUAUUUCAACUACAUGAAAGAAUUAAUGGGUAUAGGCCCACCUGUGUAUUGGGUAACAAAAGGCAAUAUUGACUAUUCCAACGAAGAAAUACAAAAUAUUUACUGCGGGGCUGCUGGCUGUUCGUCAUCUUCUGUAACAACGCAACUCUUUUCCGUGUCACAGCAAACAGAGUUGACUUACAUUGCUCGCCAGGCGUCUUCAUGGAUGGAUGAUUUUGUCGACUGGAGUAAUGCUGAAGAAUGCUGCCGUAUGUUUCCUGGUAAUGCCUCCUUCUGCCCGCAUCAAACGCCCGGCUGUGAUCAGUGCACGUUCCGAAAAGAAAACGACAAUCGGCUUGACUAUUUCCAUAAACAUUUACCAUAUUUCUUGAAUGACAAUCCUGACACAAAUUGUGGCAAAGGUGGCCAUCCAGCGUAUGGCGAUGCGCUAAAUGUGCACGUGAACGAAACCGGCCAUGUUACAAUUGAAGCCUCGUAUCUCAUGUCAUACCACAGUGUCUUAAAAGGAUCUAAGGAUUAUUACGAAGCGUUGAAGUUUGCUAGGAAGAUUGCUGAUAAUUUAACCGAAACAAUCAACAUGGAGGGCGUUGAGAUAUUUCCUUACAGUAUUUUCUAUGUAUUCUUCGAACAGUAUCUGACUAUUUGGUACGACAUGUUAACAUCCCUUGCAUAUUCUCUUCUUGUUGUGCUCGUGGUGCCUUUUAUAGUGAGCGGUUUCAACCUUUUUGCUGCAUGUACAAUUCUUAUUGUUAUUGCUAUGAUAACAGUAAACCUGGCAGGAAUGAUGUACAUCUGGGAUAUUACUCUUAACGCAGUUUCUCUGGUCAACUUAGUCAUGAGUGUGGGUAUAUCUGUUGAAUUCACCGGCCAUAUUGUUCACGCGUUUGAAGUGAGUAAAAAGCAUACGCCGUUGGAUCGUGCUACUGAUGCCUUGGGUUUAAUGGGUGCUUCAGUGUUUUCUGGUAUUACACUGACGAAAUUCCUUGGGAUUAUUGUAUUGUCGCAAGCACAAUCGCAAAUCUUUAAAAUUUUCUACUUCCGGAUGUACCUAGGCAUCGUUAUAAUAGGAGCUUUACAUGGUUUAGUAUUUCUGCCCGUUUUCUUAUCGUUUUUAGGACAUAUUAAAUAUAGAUGAAACUAUUUAAACUAUUAAAAUUUAAUAUGUUAAUAUUUCUAUUUAUAGUAUUUUGUAUUGUUUUGCUAUUUGUUAAGUAUUUAUGAAUUUUGCGUGUAUAUUUGUUAAAUAAAUAUGUAAAAUGAAAAAA